CUAACGUGACGCAAGGUGGCGCUAGUGCAUCAUUUCUAACCAUAUGUUUCCGAACUUUGUAACCAGUCGCACGAAAACUUCGGACAUUUUUUCGGGAUUUGGGAAAUACAGUAUAAUAGCAUCGUCUUCAGACAUCUGGAAUGAAGAAAUGAAUGUAAUCGAGGAGUUGUGAAGAUGGCCCGAGCCCAGAGCCCCGUCCCAUAGACUGACAGGAAGGAGAGCAGAGAGAUGGAAGGUGCUUGGGAAAUUGCAUUCGUGUUCUUCCAGGUGUGGCUGUCCGUAAUAGUGGGGCUUAUCAUGUUACCUGCCAUGUUUGGUGUGUCCCUGGGCUUCACAGAUAUCUACAUCAAGGUCCUGGUUAAGAUACUGGAGUGGGCGACUCUCAGGAUCCAAAGAGGACAGAAGGAACAGCCAACGCUGCCAUCGCAGUCAGCCAACGGGAUCAUUGAGAAAGAUGACGGAUCUAUGGAGGAGGAGAUCGGAGAGCUGCGACGAUCCCAUCCUAAAAAUCUGGCGGGGGGAGACUUUACACUGUGUGAUGCCUUCUAUUUCUGUAAGAAAGGCAUUGAGAACAUUGUUGAGGAUCAGGUGACUCAGCGCUUCACGUCAGAGGAGCUGGCUUCUUGGAACCUCCUCACGCGAACCAACAACAACUUUUGUUACAUCAGUCUGCGGCUCACCAUCAUAUGGGGCCUGGGAGUUUUUAUACGUUACUGUAUCUUGUUGCCUCUGAGGAUCACGCUGGCUGUUAUCGGAUUGAGUUGGUUGGUGAUAGGAACUACUCUUGUUGGAUUGCUUCCUAGCAGCAAUGUGAAGAACUGGCUCAGUGAUUUGGUUCAUAUUACAUGCUACAGAAUAUGUGCCAGAGGCCUGUCUGCUACCAUCCACUAUCAUAAUAAAGAGAAUCGGCCUAAAAAAGGAGGUAUCUGUGUUGCCAACCACACUUCCCCAAUUGACAUCGUCAUUCUGGCGAAUGAUGGAUGUUAUGCUAUGGUAGGUCAAGUUCAUGGAGGUCUCAUGGGGGUCAUCCAGAGGUCAAUAGUGCGGUCCUGUCCCCAUGUGUGGUUUGAGAGGUCCGAGAUGAAAGAUCGCCAUGCGGUUGCCAAAAGGUUAAAAGACCAUAUUGCUGAUAAAAAUAAGCUGCCAAUCCUGAUCUUCCCAGAGGGAACUUGCAUUAAUAAUACAUCAGUCAUGAUGUUCAAGAAGGGAAGCUUUGAAAUCGGUGGAACUAUAUACCCAGUAGCAAUCAAGUAUGACCCUCAGUUUGGAGAUGCCUUCUGGAACAGUGCCAAGUACAACAUGGUGAGCUACCUCCUCAGGAUGAUGACAAGCUGGGCCAUCGUGUGCAACGUGUGGUACCUCCCACCUAUGACUCGACAGGAUGGAGAGGAUGCAGUUCAGUUUGCUAACAGAGUGAAAUCAGCCAUAGCACAUCAGGGAGGACUGGUGGAUUUGUCCUGGGAUGGAGGACUGAAGAGGGAAAAGGUAAAAGAGUCAUUAAAGGAGGAGCAGCAGAAGAUGUACAGCAGUAUGAUCGUAGGCUCGGACUUUUUUGAAGCCUCCGUUGGUCCCGCAUAAAUUUAAUCUCACACUAUUUAUGAACUUGAUCUUAAAGUGUGAAACACUUCUAGCUCAGCGACUGGACACAGUCAUUCAGCAUCCAUCGGUGAUGCUCCUUAUGAUUCAGCCAUAUUUUUUUUAAACUGGAAAAUGUUUUUUUUUCUGAACUUUUCAAAAUAUUGUUUUCAAGUUUUCAAAUAUGUACAGAAAUCUUACAAUUGUGAUGAUAUAUAAAUACAAGACAUGCUGAAACACUCAGACUUUCACUUUGUCCUCAGUCGUUCACACUAGAUUCCUUCACAAUACACUGUAUAGAGCUGCAUGUUAAAAUAUCAUCCACUCUGUGCAUGUUCAUGUUGUAUUAUUUCUCAGGUCCAGUGGGCUGUUCCUGUGUGGACACUAGAGGUCACUGUUACCUAACGAAAGACACACCAGACAGCUCACUAGCGCGAUUGCCUUUCCUAAUAAAAUAUUGAAAUUAAG